UACUGUGCUCUAGUGUGUUCUACUGUACUGAACUGUGCCGUACUGUACUGUGCUGUUCAAACUUGUGAAACGUAGCCUAGACGUCUAUGAUUCGUUUAGAUGUGGUGACCGACCAAAUUUGUACUUGUUUGCGGGUUGAGCUCAUUAGAAUAAUACCCAGCAUGAUUUACAAGUGUCAAUUUUGAUCAUUUAGCAGACUCUGUUAUCCAGAGCGACUUACAGUCAGUGCAUUCAACUAAGGUAGAUAAAUAAAUUAUUGAGAAUGUAUGUGUAGUUGAAAUUUGGCAAUAGAGUCACGCCUGUCAAUUACGUAUUUUUUAACAUUCAUCUAGAACAGAAAAUGAACCUAAUUUCAACGUCCGGAAAAUACGUAUCUUCAACGUCCAGAAAAUACAAAUGUUCAACGUCCAGAAAAUCUGUCCUUUCAAUGUCUGGAAAAUAUGUAUUUUCAACGCACGGAAAAUACUGUAUGUAUUUUCACCUUUCAUUCAGAACCUAAAAUAAACGUAUUUUAGACGUCUUUUCAACGUCAUUUUGCUUACUGGGAUGUACGAGUUGUCUAAGCCAAGAUAUUACUUAGCUCUCCUUAGCAGCUCUAUACAAUCAGAAUUUAGGGUUGGACGUAUGUUUGGAUAGUGGCUAUGCGGUUUUUCUUAUCCGGAAGGAAAAGGAAAGAUAAAGUCUAAAUAAAUAAAUCACUGACAGUCAGACCUCAGCCAGUGGCGUAGUGCAGUUUUGGGGUGCCCCCCCCCCGCAAAAUCCAAGCAAGCCCACAUUUUGCCAUGAGGCUAAGAGAACAUGUUGCUGUUUUAGAGCUAAUUACCUGUCAUUCUAAACAUGUUUUUGAUGGCUUAUGACGUGUUCAUAUGCUAUCUGGUGGGCCUGACCUGCGGGGGUGUGUUCUACGCCAGUGACCUCAGCUCAAUGUUCCAGGCAGCCAAUCAUGAAUUGAGAUGAAUUAUUCAAAGGAAAUUUCGUCCAAAAAGACGGAACAUGCGUCAUAUAUUUAGCCCUCUCCUCCUGCUCUCCUGCCUCUCGGUAGGCCUGGCGAACCGUGUAUACGUCCACCCGUUUAACCUCUUUGCCUCUGAGAAUGUCAGCUGUGAGACCAUCAAAACUGAAGUGAUGAAACCCCUGGAGACUGUCACUUUGACCCCCAUUAACAAUGACAGUGUGGCGCCUGACACUCGAGAACGCUCGGGCACUGACCGACUGAAACAGAACGUCACUCAGCGCACUGCUGUACUGGCAGAGCUGCUCAACUCUCUGGGCCUCCGGAUGUACCAGGCUCUGAGCAGCAAACAAAAGGACUCCAACACCUUGCUCUCGCCCAUGAAUUCCUUUGGCUCUCUGGUCACCUUGUACCUGGGGGCCUCCAAGAAAACAGCCAUCCCUUACCAGCAGCUGCUGGGCCUGAACAGGGACACGGACAGAGACGACUGUGUCUCCUUAGUGGACGGCCACAAUGUUCUCCGUACUCUGCAGGACAUCAAUUCCCUGGUGGAUGGGCCCAAGGAUGAGAUCAACACCCGGGUGUGGGCCUUUGCUCGCAAGGGCGCUGACCUCUCGAAGGACUUUGUCCAAGGCACCCAGGACUUCUCUGAUGCCUCGUACAUCAGAGCAGUGGACUUCUCCCAGCCCCAGGAGGCUGAGACCCAGGUCAACACCUUCAUCCAGCAGACGUCAGACAGGAAAAUCACAAACGUGUUCAAGGACCUUAGCGCAACCACAGAUCUACUGUUUGUCAGCUCUGUCCAUUUCAAAGGCAACUGGAGGAAGGCAUUCCAGCCAGAGAAAACUACCAUGCAGGAGUUCAUGGUUGAUGCGACAACAACUGUCAUGGUCCCUCUCAUGACCCACACAGGCACCUACAAGUACCUGAAUGAUAAGGACAGGAAGUGCACGGUGGUGAAACUGGCUCUGAGCAAACGGGCAUACAUGCUGCUGGUACUGCCUCACGAGGGGAGCAGCCUGCAUGACAUGGAGUCUCGACUACAGUCUGACAUCAUCUCUGGCUGGCACAGGCAUCUGAAGGAGGGGUUCCUGGAACUGUCUCUGCCCAAGUUCUCCAUGACAGCCUUGACUGACCUAAGGUCGUUGCUUUUUGACAUGGCAGCUGAGAUUGAGAAAAGUCUGCUGGGUUCAGAUGCUGAGUUUGAGAGACUCAGCGGUAAGAAGCCGUUCAGUGUUGAUAAGGUGUUCAACAAAGUCACGUUUGAGAUGUCUGAAGGUGGUGCUGAGACUCAAGACAAGACCCAAGAUGGAGGGGUUCCCCUCAAAUUCACUGUCAACAGGCCCUUCUUCUUCGCUAUUGUAGAGGGAAACUCCAAUGCCAUUCUCAUGCUGGGAAAAAUAAGAAACCCGACUCUUUAGGGCUUUCUACACCAACAUAACAAAUCUGCAGAAGAACGCACAUGAAACCCUCCUGGAUCAGCAGACUUGCGGGUUUGUACCGACAGAUCAAUGCAAUAGUGCAUGUUCCCUUACUGGUAUGAUAAUUUAUUCCUGGAGUUAAGAACUUAUGCAUACAUUAUGUAUCAUGUUUGUGAAAAAACACAGUAUUACGCUGAAUUAAGAGGUAAUGUAUUCACAUAGAGCACAUUAUGCAGAUCUUUGUGUCUAAUGUACAUUGUAGAAUUACAGCAGUGUACUUACUGUUUGCUAUGAUAAAGGUAUACAUGGUUGAUAGGAUUAUUGAAAGGUCUGAAUUUGUAUAUUUCUAUUAUGCUAAGAGUUUAUUUGUUUUGUUGUGAUUUGUGAUUGCAUGAAUAAAACAUUGUUUCUCAA